AUGGCAACCAAAUCAACGCCUGGACUCUCGGCCGAGCAGCUUGAUGCCUUCAACCGCGAUGGGUAUCUCAUCCUCCCAGGAGCCCUCUCCAGCUCGACCGUCACCUCCCUCCUAGACGAAACUCAUCGCCUCCUCGACUCCUUUUCUCUCGAGGACCACCCCUUGACCCGGUUCUCAACCGGCGAGAAGCGCGACCACGUCGGUGAUGACUACUUCCUCACGUCUGGCGACAAGGUCCGCUUCUUCUUCGAAGAGGACGCCUUUGAUGACGACGGCAAGCUCGUCAAGCCCAAGGCCCGGGCCGUCAACAAGAUCGGUCACUAUCUGCACGCUCUGUCGCCGCCUUUUGCCCGUCUGCUUGACCACGACGCCGGUAGCGUCAGCCCGCCCGCUGUCGCCCGGAGCCUCGGCUUCAAGGAUCCGCGAUGUCUCCAGAGCAUGGUUAUCUGUAAGCAGCCAGAGAUUGGUGGUGCCGUGCCUCCUCACCAGGACUCGACUUUCCUGUACACGAAGCCACCUUCGGCUGUGGGCUUUUGGUAUGCUCUUGAGGACGCGACGCUUGAGAAUGGAUGUCUGAGCUUCCUACCUGGAUCGCACCGCUGGGCGCCUGUCGAAAAGAGGUUGGUACGAAAGGCCGGUAAUGUUGGUACCGAGAUGGUGGACAAUGACGGUCCGCGGUUCCCGGCAAAGGAAGGAUAUGGAGAUGCUGCGCCGGAAUCCCAGGCCGAGUACGUCCCGGGAGAGGUCAAGGCUGGCGAUCUGGUUCUUAUCCAUGGAAACUUGCUGCACAAGAGCGAGAGGAAUACCAGUCAGAAGGGGAGGAUCAUUUACACAUUCCACAUCAUCGAGGGGCAAGAGAGGGACUAUGACGAGAGGAACUGGCUCCAGCCGCCUGCAGAGGGCUUCACGAAACUGUACAGCUAG